AAAGCACCAAAACAUGAAUCUGAGAAAUAUUUCUGAGGCAUUUAUCCAUUUUACUGUCACGUAUUUGGUCCCAGUUUUAUCGUUAUUUGAUCCAAGACCUCGACGGCCAACCCCACCUUCCGAUGAAGUUGUGGACCUAGAAGCACCUGCAUUUGCACGUGCUCAUCCAGAUAGGGUUGACGGACAAGCCCUUGGCGAACCAGCUUUGGACCCAGAAGCACAAGCCCAGCCACCUGUAUUGGUAGCUGAGCACCGCAAAAAGGACUGGAACAAUGCUAUGGUUGCCUUUUGCUUGGCUUCGUCCAUGGCUAUUGCACUACAACCAGUUCAAGAUCACUCUCAACUCCAAUCAUCGCUCCCCUUGCUCGCUCUACCACUUCUACUCGGCUUUACUUCUUUCUUCCUUAGCGUAUUCAUCGAUCCCAAGUUUGUGGUAACAGUCCGAGUGCUCCAGAAAUUUGGCCAACUCUUCACCGUCACAGUGUUUUUUAUGGCAGUUACCUUUCGAUUUCCAUUUUACUUCAAAUGUACUAGCUGGGCUCUCUAUUUCAUUUCCUUCCUCGCCGUUUUCAUCAGCAGUUGCUUUUAG